AUGGCAAACAAGAUCCUUCUCGCCUACAUCGGUGCCGAUGGGCUCUUCGUCAUCAUGGGGGCGAUCAUGCUCGGAUUCUCGGUCAUUGUGCAGAAUGACGCUUUCACGACACCCGCAGAAGGGAUGCAAGCAGCGAGGAACCUUUUCUAUCAGAAGUUCCCUCUGACCGCUGGCAUCGUGAACGCCGUCUUCAUCUUUGUGACUUUCCUUUCGACCGUGCCAGCCAUCAUCACCCCCAGCCGCGCGUGGCUCAAGAUCAGCGGCUACCUGGUCACCGUGUGCGCCGCCUUCUCGCUCAUUCUCGGCCUGUACCUCUGGAUCCUGACGCUCACCGUCAAGAAGGACUUCGCGCCUAUCUGGAUCGCACAGACGCCCGAGAUUCAGUCCCUUAUGCAGACAGCCUUCAACUGCUGCGGCUACUUCAACAGCACUUCGCCGGCCUUCGUCACCGAUGCUACCUGCCCCAGCCCGGCGGCGGCGGCCCUGAUGCGCGGGUGCGCGACUCCGAUCUCGAGUUUCGCCAACGUCUUCGUCGACGACAUCUUCACCGCCGUCUUUGGCAUGUGCGGUAUCGACGGCGUGCUGAUCCUCGCCACGGCCUGCCUGGCAAAGGACCGCAAGGAGAACGAGCGCUUCCGCCACAUUGACGAGAAGAGCGAUGCCCGCGGCACUUUCUAA